AUGACUCCUGCUGCUCUCGGGGUGCUCCUGGCCCUGCUGCCACUGGCCUCGAUGCUGCAGAGCCCAGGUACCCCGCACGGGGCCCGGGCGCUGGAGCCCUCGGAGCCCGCCCUGCGCCGCCUGAACCACUACCUGCUGGCUCACUACCAGAAGGGCACCCGGCCCGUGCGCGACUGGCGAACAACCACCACCGUGGCCAUCGACCUCAUGGUCUAUGCCAUCCUCAGCGUGGAUGAGAAGAACCAGGUGUUGACCACAUACAUAUGGUACAGGCAGCACUGGACGGAUGAGUUCCUCAGGUGGGACCCAGCACACUUCGACAACCUGACACAGAUCUCCCUCCCUGUGGAGAGCAUCUGGGCACCUGACAUCCUCAUCAACGAGUUUGUGGAUGUUGGAAAGCCCCCCCACGUCCCGUCCCCUAACGUCAGCCACCACGGGGAGGUGCAGAACCUCAAACCCAUCCAGGUGAUGACUGCCUGCAGCCUGGACAUCUACAACUUUCCUUUCGACGUCCAGAACUGCUCACUCACCUUCACCAGCUGGCUGCACCACA